AUGGCUGCAACCAGUUCGCAAGUUAUUGCAAGACACAAGUUCACUUAUCCCGUUGGAGACAUUUACGAUGGCGAAUGGAACGACGCAGGAAAAAAACACGGCGUCGGUAGUCUGACCUUAGUCGACGGUACGAAGUACAUGGGUCAGUUUCAGAACGGUCUUUGCCACGGCCAUGGAGUUGCAAAUUUCCCCGAUGGUUCGAAGUUUGAGGGCGAAUUUGAAAACGGCAAGUACAGCGGUUUCGGUACGUUUACUCGAAGCGAUGGUAUGCGGUUUGAGGGAAGAUUUCAAAAUGGAAGAGUUGAUGGUCAAGGUCUUAUAACAUUUCCAGAUGGAACACACGGAAGACCUCGACAAGAAGGGUAUUUCAUGGGCACAGAACUUGUUGAAAGACAGCGAGUGAUCGACUCUGUUACGAAAGCGCAA